AUGGAGUUCUCCCUGUCCUUCCUGGACCCUCCGGACCCAGACUGGACUCCCGACUACUAUUACUAUAGCAACGAGCAUUCCAACACAGAGGAAAGCUCCACUGGUACACCGAUCUUCCCUGAGAACCCUGACUGGUACUAUGCAGAUGAUGAUCCAUGCCAGUCCAACCCUUGUGAACAUGGUGGUGACUGUGUCAUCAGUGGGGAAACCUUCAUGUGCAGCUGCCCAGCCCCCUUCUCUGGGAACAGGUGUCAGACUGUGCAAAACAAGUGCAAGAGCAACCCAUGUGGCCGGGGUGAAUGUCUCAUUACCCAGAGUCCUCCCUACUACCGCUGUGUCUGUAAAUACCCUUACUCGGGGCCAGACUGCUCCAGAGUGCUUACUGUGUGCAGGCCAAACCCUUGCCUGAAUGGUGGCACCUGCUCCCGGACUAAGCGGAGGUCCAAGUUCAGCUGUUCCUGUCCCGACCAGUUUAGGGGGAGACUCUGCGAAAUAGGUCCUGACGACUGCUAUGUUGGUGAUGGUUACUCUUACCGAGGCAAAGUGAGUAGGACAGUCAACCAGAACCCAUGCCUUUACUGGAACUCCCACCUCCUCUUGCAGGAGAAUUACAACAUGUUUAUGGAGGAUGCUGAAGCCCACGGGAUUGGAGAACACAACUUCUGCAGAAACCCAGAUGGAGACCAAAAGCCCUGGUGCUUUACUAGAGUUAACAGUGAGAGGGUGAAGUGGGAUUACUGUGAUGCCUCAGUGUGCUCAGCCCCAGACGUCGUCAAUCCAGAGGAAAGCACUGUGGAACCCCCGAUCCAGAUCCCGGGGUUUGAGUCCUGCGGGAGGACUGAGACAGCUGAGCGGAAGGUCAAGAGGAUCUAUGGAGGCUUUAAGAGCACAGCGGGCAAGCACCCAUGGCAGGUGUCCCUGCAGACCUCGAUGACAAUGACCAUUUCCAUGCCCCAAGGACACUUCUGUGGGGGAUCACUGAUCCAUCCCUGCUGGGUGCUCACUGCUGCCCACUGCACCGACAUAAAAGCCAAACAUAUAAAAGUUGUGCUAGGGGACCAAGACCUGAAGAAGACAGAAUUCCAUGAGCAGAGCUUCAGGGUGGAGAAGAUACUCAAGUACAGCCAGUACAAUGAAAGAGACGAGAUUCCCCACAAUGACAUUGCUUUGCUCAAGUUAAAACCAGUCGAUGGUCACUGUGCCCUGGAAUCCAAAUAUGUGAAGACUGUAUGUUUGCCCGAUGACCCCUUUCCCUCUGGGACUGAGUGCCACAUCUCUGGCUGGGGUGUGACAGAAACAGGGGAAGGCUCUCGCCAGCUCUUAGAUGCCAAAGUCAAGCUGAUCACCAACACUUUGUGCAACUCCCGCCAGCUCUAUGACCACAUGAUCGAUGACAGUAUGAUUUGUGCGGGAAACCUUCAGAAGCCUGGACAAGACACCUGCCAGGGUGACUCCGGAGGCCCUCUGACCUGUGAGAAGGACGGUACCUACUAUGUCUAUGGAAUUGUGAGCUGGGGUCAGGAAUGUGGGAAGAAGCCAGGGGUCUACACCCAAGUUACCAAGUUCCUGAAUUGGAUCAAAACCACCAUCCAAAAGGAGGCUGGCUUCUGAGGUACUGUCCUCUGAACCUCAGAGCCACUUCUCCUCAGCACCAGACAAGGGGGACCUCCUGGGCAGCCUGCAGGAGGCCAUGUGGCACAGUGUCCAUGCUCUGGUCAGAACAAGUGCUGCCCAGCCUGGCCUUGCUGGACCACCUUUGCACCAUUUCCUCAGCCUCUCUCUGCCUCCUGGGGAACCCAUGAGAAUGAAAUCAACGGGAAAUAUACUAGGUUUGCUUCCUUUUCAACAAUUGUACUUCCCAAAAAAUCAGUGUCACA